AUGCCCGGAUACUUCUUCGACUACCGCUACCUGCAUGCUUGGGCGAUGGCAUCCCGGGCGAUGCUUCUGGCAGCUCGUAACAAGGCGCAUUGGAAUGGUCUGCAGGUGAAUGCUGACCAGCCGAAUCUGGAGGUAGCGCGAAGGUUGAGGUCCGUCGUCGACCUUUUGACGAAGGCCAGAACUAUAUGUGUCAACUUGCGACAGCUCUCCAUGCUCCUGUCGCCAAUACCAGGCACUGUCAGGCUGCACUGGGACACUGUUCCAUUGCAGCCGCACCCUCCUCUCCGCAAUCUUCUUUUUGGCUGUCGCUCGAGACGGCCUUUAAUGGGCUGCGCCGACUUUGAUGUAUUCUUGCCAGCCACUGUGCGAGGCAUGUACAUUGGUGUCAGGGAGUGGAACGGACAGAGGCGAUCGUACUGUCGAGUCGACAAUGUGUUCCAAGAAGGCAUUGCCUGGUCAAUUGGAAUCAAUGACUUUCCAGCCAGACCGCAUAUGUCUGCCAGCAUUCGUUCACCAGUUCCCAAUGCCACGAACAGGUUACACUUGAAGUGGGACCAGAGAGUUUUUUCAAUUGCGCUCAAUGGAGUGGGUGUCGCUCGUGCUCGACUCCAAGAAGGAGAGCACGGUGAUGCUGCGCCACCUCUCUCGAGCUUGUUCUUCAUGAUCUUCGGACAAGCAAGACAUCGGCAGCCGCUUCUGCAGUUCAGCGCAGUCCGUGCUCGCCCGGUUCAUACAACUGGGAUGAUUGGUCGACUGGCCGCUACGUCCAUCCGCGCAGGGAAGUUCGGGAUUGUUCGGGAGGAGCUUCAGCUUUUGCAGGUGCUUUGGAGGAUAGUUGCCCGAGUGUGGCCCAAGCCCUUGCCAGAUAUGGUUGGCAGUGUCAUCGGGAGCGAUUCGCCGGGUGAACCGUUCUUUCGGAUGACAGCGAACCCAGAAGCAGACAGCACGGAUGUGCUGGAGUCAUGUUCCACACUGGCCAACCUCAAUCCACACGAGACAGAUGCAAGACUGCGCUUCCAGACCGAAGGACAUGCUUAUUACAUCGAUGGCGAGAAGAUCGUUACUUCAUUGAUCCACGAGUAUGCCGCAGAGUUCGAUGCAUGGCAGGCUGUGCAAAACAUGAAGGCAGGCAAAAACUGGCCCCGGCGGGAAUAUGCUGUUUCAGAUAUUCAAGUAGAUGUCAUUCUGCUGAAACUGGUCGAUGCACCUGGCAGUGCCCGCGAAAGACUAACCGAAGUUCUCCAGCACCAGCCCAUGGAUAUUGAAAGUCUUUGUGCUGAGCUUGCCCGAUUUCGUGAAGAGCUUUCAAACUGGGAUGACAUCGUGCAGGAAAUCAUGCUUCAGGAUAAUGAGAUCGUGGACUUCUGGAAGAAGAAAUCUUUUCACGCAUGUAAUGCCGGGACAUGGAUGCAUUCUAUGCUUGAGCACAUGAUGAACGGCUCCGACAUACUCCCUGGAACUAUGACCAAAGAGCUGAGCAUGGCGGUAGACUUUCUCCGUGAACUGCACGACGAGAUGCCGGGACUGGUCGCCUACAGAUCAGAGUGGACCAUCUACGCAGGCAGAGAGAAUCUGGCAGGAUCGAUAGAUUUGGUUCUGUUUGACACAAGCGACGAGAAAUUUGUGCUGAUAGAUUGGAAGCGCAGCGAGAAGUUACAACAAAAAUACAACAGCUAUGGCAAGUUCAUGAUGGAACCACUGCAAGACAUUCCGGACUGUCAGGGCGAGCAUUACCGGUUACAGCUCAACAUCUACAAGUGGAUUCUGGAAAGUUACUACUCCAAGAAAGUGAAGAGUAUGAAAGUUGUAUGUGCAUAUCCAAAUUCAUGCAAUGAGGCUUUCGUGGAUGAUGUGCCUGACUUAACAAGUGCCGUCGACCGGUUAAUGAAACACCGCCGCGCUCACGUACAAGCCAAGAGGACAGCAUGCGACUUUUCACAAAUGCCUGAGACGGCUGAUCUGGCUGGAGAAGAAGAUAUCGAUGCUGCCAUGGAGCCGGCAGGUGAACUGCCUGGUCCGUCAAGCCUGCAAGCUUUGCCUGAGACAGCGACAGUUGUUGUGCAGGACACUCUGUUGGCACUGGAAGAAGAACCUCAAGCAGCCGACCAAGGCUUUCCAAUGUUCAUGCAGAAGAGACGUGACAUGAAGGGCGCCAACGACAGUGCACAGUUGUUUCAGGACAUGUUCUCAACCAACGACAGUCUUCUGCAAAGAACCCUCGACCAAGAGCCAGCCGAUGCCUUACAAGCGCCUGAAAGUAUUCUACAAAACACGAGACGUGGUGUAGAACAACUCACUGAGCUACAUCCCACCUGGUCGUCAGAGUUGCUGCGCCUGUCACUUGUUGGCGGCUACCUUUGCCAAGCCCGCAUAGGUGACAGACCGAUGUUGGCAGACUGCGCAGGACUUCUGUGGAUGAUGGAGGGCGAGAGACAUAUUCGCGUCCACAACGGUUUCUGCUACGUCUACGACGAGGAAGGUACCUUUCUUCCAUUCGGCGGGGUUCCGCCUGAGACCGUUCUGAGAAGGGUGCAUGCAUUUUGCACUCGUCUUGAAGGCCUUCUCCUCCUCAUACCGUCGCGCACAAAGAGGCAUCCUGCGAAUUUGCUUAAUGCAAUUGCGGCCAAAAGACAAGAGUUUCCAUCUGAUGAAGCUUUUAUCGAGCAAUGCGCCGCCAAUGUUCUGAAGGGCAGAUCCAAUGUCGAUCAGUAUCAGCGACUAGAUUCAGCUGCUCCUGAAGAUGCCGCAGAGGAAGAGCAGUCGCUGCAAGUGGCACAGGAUUUUGGUGAGGAUGGACCAGAGUCUUGGACUGUAUCUGUUGCUGAUAGAGUUUGGAAAAUCUCGUGCGCUCUACGAUCCGAACUGAUGCAUACCAAGCUGAUAUCCCUCCUGGUGGAAUGGUGCGAGACGCCUGACCAGAGACAGAGCUGCUUGUGCUAUCAAGACCUGUGUGUCAGAUACGACGCCGACCCUGACACGGCAGUGAAGAUCGUUCCAAAAGCGUCCUCCAACGACUGCUACAUCAAGAUCCCACAUGCAUUGAAAGAUCCAGUGCUGGAGGACAACGUCCAGCGUGUACGCAAAUUCUACUCGCAGACAUUCUGGUGCAACUUCGACGUUUUCAGAUGCUGCAUGGCUGCAGCCGCCUUGGCGAAGAGGGGGCUCAACAUCGACAGAUGUUUCAUCGGCAUAUCCCCCGGCGGGGUUGGCCAGAGCCUCUAUUCCUUGCAUUUGGCUGCAAUGUUUGGAAGCAAUCAUGCUUUCUUCGAUCCGAAUGUCUGGCAUAACGACGAGGAACUUCGCAAGCAAGUGGAGGGAUUUGCACGCUGUUGUGUAAUUACGGGACAAGAGGCCCCGGAGUCCUCUCGCAAACUGCACUUGGAUCUGUACAAAAAAACUAUGAGCGCUGACGGCAUCAUGGGAAGGAAGCCUUAUGGAUACACCACGCGAAUGUUUUCGAUCUGCGGAUGGAAGAGAUUGGAACUGAACCGAAUGAUGAUGUUCGCCGGUGUCAACAUCGGAAACUUUAACUCCAUUCUGCGUCGUGCGCUGGUGUGGAAAGCAAAAGCCAGAUUUCUCCCCGCGCAAUAUCUACGUAAUCACCCGGAUCAUGAGAAAGCCGGCAUCUUUGUGGCCGAUCCGUCCCUCAGCAAGUUCCUGUCGUCGCCGCAGGCAUCGAUUGCAGGGCUUCGUCUCCAACACGCAUUCGAGCUGCAGUUCAAUAAAGAGCAAUGUUACCAGCUCAUUGAAGAUUACGUGAGCAGUGGGGAUGAAUACCUCACAGAGGAUACUAUGCGAACGGCUUGUUCAUUGCCAAUUCGUCAGAAGGCAGAUGACAUUGAUGCAGGCGUAGGCAACCUCCUUGCAGGCUCUAACUCACAGGAAGAACGCGACCAAGGAAAAGCUGAGUGGGAUAAUUUGACGAAUGCCAUUACGCAGAAAAUGUUGGAGACCCAGGUGGACACUCUAUCCUUCUAUGAGUUCAAGACAAUGGUUUUUUCCUGUUCAAUCCCUAACCUCCCGAAGACAUCUCUCUGGGACGAACUGCAAAACAAAAACUUCAUGAUGAAGGGCAUGCUCAAGACGACCAAGACCAAUAAGGAAAGGCCUGGAGGCUUGUUGCCUCUGAUCAGAUUCAAGAAACCAUUGGACACCAUCGUCGACGUCUGUCGAUCCAACAGGUUGGUUUUCCAGGAGCUACAUAAUGUCGCAUCCCUGGCUGAGUACAUGAACAAGUUCCCCGCGAGAGCAUCCAACGUCAGUGUAAUCAUAAACUACCUGAAGCAAGCCUUGGGCCAAAAGAAAGCCAAAGGCCGGCCCGGUGUGUCUGCCAAGACUGAGAAGAGCGGUUUGGAGAAGAAACUUCAGAAGAUGAAAGAGUACGAAGCCGCUCUGGAGUAUUACAUGAAUUUGCCUCAAGCGGCAAAGAGAAGACGUGUGACAGGCAAAACCGAGUCGGUACCUGAAUCAGUUCCAGAAGGCCCCGGUUUCCACUCCCUGGAUGUAACGUACCACUACGUCGACAAGAGCACAGUUCGAGGUCGCAGGUAUACGAAAAGAGCAGGUGCUCAGUGUACGCCGAGAAGAGUCCAACACAGAACCUUGUCGGAGCACACAUGCGACCUGGACAUCGCGAACUGCUGCCUGACUAUUCUUCGCCAGCUCAUCGACAAGAUGGAGCCGACGCCAGGCCUACCGACACAUCUGCGAUCUGUGUUGGACAGAUGUGUCGAAGAUCGGGAAGCUUUCGCACGCGACUGCUUGGACAUGUCCACGACAGAGGCAAAGGCUCUCAUCAACGUUAUUUUCAACGGAGGUGCCCCGUCUGCUGGCGUGCAGAACGAUUCCGUCCAGAAACUUCAGUCAUUGGGAAUCUACUGUCGUUGGCUUGCGUGCAAUGCUUUGCCGGAGGAAUAUGACAGGCUAGCAAACGAUGCCAAAAAGGAACGACCGAUGGCGUCCACGCUACAUCUGUUCUGGACCUCGGUGGAAGACGCCAUUGUGGAUGCCUGGCUAGAAGCCUUGUGCCCGUUAUUGCCCAAGCACCUAUCCUUACACUUCGAUGGUGUCAGGAUCGACAGGGCUGCCGUUGAACAGAAUGCGGAUCUCAUUCAAAGAUGCCAAAAGGCCAUCGUCGACAAGACCGGGUUCAAUGUUCGUAUUGUGCAGAAGACCACAAGUACGAUCAAAGAUUUGAUCGCUGCCAAGACCGAGACUAUGGUUUCUUUGAGAUCGAUGCCAGCGGCAUUGUUACAGGACGGCAAUUGCAUACCGUGCGCCAUUUGGCAUCUAUCCCCAAAGAGUAGAAUGGAAAUCAAUGCAGCCUUCAGCAAGGCGGACAGAAAGGAAAACGCUGACGCUGUUGAGCAGGGGUUUCGCUCCUACAGGGCAUGUGCCACGAUGGUAAAGAAAGACCUCCACGCUUGUCUCGGGCUUCCAGCUUCGGAUGUCGACAACUUCAUUUUACAUUUCGAGAACGACGGCAAACCUCACUGCUUGGCCGUACAGUACAAUGCCACCAGAGAUCAUGUGUCAGUGCUUGAUGGUGCGACGCACUAUCGUCUCACGUUGAAGAACUUCACCUCGUGUGUUCUCGAUGGGAUAGAUGCAUCAACAGCGGUGAGCUUCUGGGAACAAUCCUUGGGGAGAGACGGCAGCCCUGGUAUGUUGCUGGAUCUUCAAGCUGGAGCGAAACGCGCAGCCCCCGACAAGGGCAAGGCAAGCCAUGCCUCAGCAGCUUCUUCGGAGAGGUCCGGGCCCAGGCUGCAGCAAGCUUUGGUUCAUUCAGACGCCAGCGACAGCACGGGGUCAGAUGCAGAAGAUGCCGCCGCCAUGCUGCCUUCUCAAUGUAGCAUGGUCGACGAUGAAGAUAAGGCUCUGAUGUUUUCCGAGAGUAUACUGGCGAAGAUGGCCGAGGAAGUCCGUGUCUACACGGAGAAGCUGAAGUCAGGCGACAGGAACAUGAAAGUCGGCGGCAAGCAUGCAUGCAGGUUGUGCCCUUUUCGAAUCUUCAACAAGAAGACGGGACUGUUGACCCAUGUCCGCAAGUACCACACCGACAUCAACCAAUAUGUUUGCUCUGGCACAAAGCAGAUCAAGGUGAUCCUCGCUUUGCACGAUCAUGCCGCAGGACUCCAACUGUCAGUCUGUCAUUACCUUCAAGAGAGUGCACGGCUCAUGGCAGCCACUGUGGUCCCGCCUCCUUGUACGUCUCGCAACUAUGUGGACAAGACGAUCAGGUUACUUUUCAAGUCCAGUGGUCCAGAGUAUAUCAACGUCUCCGAGCUCGGCAAAACAGUUGUGGCUCGCCGAGUUCGGAACAUCUACUAUGACAAGUCUUUUGCAGAGAUGCUCUUCCAGGAGGUACUGAUGCAUCAUGUUCAGGUUCGAGCUACCUGGCCCAGAUUGCAUCUUCGAGCCCACGAAGCUGGAAAUCAGCUCUCCUCGCUGUAUCCCACUCACACUCGGCAUUGGUGGCCACUUCUUGAGGAUGUCGCAUACUCAGCUGCAGUUCAAACGAAGAUGAACGAAAUGCUUGAUGUUCUUCUCGAAAACAAGGAGUGGCUGUACGUGAGCGUGGAUGCAACGCUUAAGACAUGCCUCAAGCUCAAGGGUCAGGAGUCAUAUAGGGCACCAAAGGCGGCUCGAAAUGCUGCCCCAUUUCCUGAUGCCACAGCGUGGAGGCGGCUCUUGACGGCCCGGGGUCGCACAGGGGCCGUUCUGCUGAUGGUGCCCCUUGCAACUGAGAAGGCAGAGCACGUCGUGGAGCAAUUCCAACUCAGCUUCUCAGCAGCUGCUUUGGCCCAAGUCGAGUACCUGGCUACAGAUCAGCCGUCUCCGAAGCUGUUUUCGAUGUUACAGAGUAUCUGCACGAGCCUCAAGUGCGUGGCCCUUGAUCCGAUCCAUCUUGCAAUCGUGUAUGAGUACGCACAUUGGAACAAGCGAACGGCCGGUUCGAGAAUGCUGCGAUCAUUGGUGCGCAAGGUGCUGGCCAUUGAUACAAGCAAGGCCGCCGAGGAUUGGGGUGUGAUCUUUACUGGCAGCAACCCCACGCCGUUGAGCCAAGAGGAGCAAUGUGCGCGAGAUCACAUAUGGCAUCAGUCUAUGCCCAAGGCCGAGGCUGAGGCGUACAUGUUGAGUCUGUGCACCGAUGUGCCCUUUUACAACCGCUGUGAAUUCAUAAGGGGCCUCGCGGCUUUGUGUAGCUUGAAACCGGAGGAAGUUGGCAGAAAGGUAACCGGUGCCAACAAGGAAGUGUUUAAGAUCCUCUGGUCAGCUGCUGCGCCGGACCGCCUCGAAUGGUUGUGGAACAACCUGCGGCUCCGACACGGCAUGACUGUACUGGAAAGGGCAUUCCUUCCCAGUGGGACCUCCUCGAACGAGGCCCUUCACGCUGAGAUUAAUGCAUGGUUGCGCACAGCCAACUCCCUGCACAGAUCCACGCUUCUUUUGAAGCUGCGUCUGAUGCGUUACCGCAAGUUGGUAGCACAUCACGUUGCAAUGUGCUUUCCGUUCGUUAGAGUCACUGCCGAAGGUGUCAUUUUGUCGCGUGCACUAGCCAAGCCCUUAUGGUCAGAGGCCAGCUGGCUGGGCUGGUGUGACGAGCAGAAGGACGACGGAAAAGGCCCGCAGAACAAGGCCAAACUUCCGCUUGUUCGUGCUCGUGAAGAUGAGGCAUCUGCGGUGCAGGCUUGGGUUCGAAAGAAGCCAGCCUCUAAACGAAGGUGCAUCAAGCGCACGCCCUUCAACGCCAGACGGCAGCACCAAAUUCGGGUCGGGGGCAUCAAAAAAAAGUGCCGCCGGCGGGCAAGUGCCUGA